GCUCGAGGUCUCAACUGACCACCUGUCUUUUAAACCAGAAGAUGAGCCUUGAAACUUUAAGAAGGAGGAAGAUGAAGGCUCGUGCUCCCCCUCCUCCUGGGAAGCCCGCCACCCCGAAUGCGCACGGUGGACAGAUGCCUCGCGGAGACGCGUCCCCCGGCCCUCCGCAGAGCCUGCUGCACGUGAAGGAGAGCCUGGAGAACAGCUCGGUGGCCGUCACCGUGGUCCUGCCCAGCGGGCUGGAGAAAAAGAGCGUGGUCAGUGGCAGCCAUGCAAUGAUGGACCUACUGGUUGAACUUUGCCUUCAGAACCACCUGAAUCCAUCCCACCAUGCCCUUGAGAUCCGGUCUUCGGAAACCCAACAGCCUUUGAGUUUUAAGCCAAAUACCUUAGUUGGGACCCUGAACGUGCACACUGUAUUUCUCAAAGAGAGAGUUCCUGAAGAGAAGGUUAAGCCUGGCCCACCCAAGGCACCUGAGAAAUCUGUGCGCUUGGUAGUGAAUUACCUGCGAACACAAAAGGCUGUUGUGCGCGUGAGCCCCGAGGUACCUCUCCAGAACAUUCUCCCGGUCAUCUGCGCGAAGUGUGAAGUCAGCCCAGAGCAUGUGGUGCUCCUCAGGGACAACAUCGCAGGGGAGGAGCUGGAGCUGUCCAAGUCCCUGAACGAGCUGGGGAUCAAGGAACUCUACGCGUGGGACAAUAAACGAGAAACCUUUAGAAAAUCAUCCCUCGGCAACGACGAGACAGAUAGAGAGAAGAAAAAAUUUUUGGGAUUUUUCAAAGUUAAUAAAAGGAGCAGUAGUAAGGCCGAGCAGAUCGGACGGGCUGGGGCAGACAGCGAUGGGGACACGUCACAGCCGGCUUUGGGAAGGGGCUCGAACGGCUGCCUCACCACACCCAACUCCCCGAUGGCAAAUCCACGCUCCGUGACGUUGGGUCCGUCCCUGUCGCUCAGCAACAUCUCAGGGGUGUCUGUGAAGUCAGACAUGAAGAAACGCCGGGCUCCUCCCCCUCCGACCCUGCCCAGUACAGGGCCACCAGCGCAGGACAGGGCCUCGGAAAAGGUGUCUCUGGGGUCACAGAUGGACUUGCAGAAGAAGAAGAGGCGGGCGCCCGCACCCCCGCUGCCGCAGCCCCCGCCGCCGAGCCCCCUGGUGCCCCCUCGCACUCAGGACCAGGAGGAGAACAGGAAGAGCGCCACGGGUGUUGGACGACGGCAGGUGCCACAAAAGCCUCCCCGAGGCACUGCUCGGGGGCCCCCCCAGUUAGUGCUUCCCCCACCCCCACCCUACCCUCCUCCGGACACAGAUGUGGAAGUACCUCUCGGCUUUCCUGGGCAAAGUGCUGGUUCCGAGGCCCCCGACCCAAGACCCACACUGAACCUACCCCUGGGGCCCAGCAGUCCCCGCGGCACAGACAGGGCCCCACCCGUGCCAUUGGAGGCCGAGGAGACCGUGUCUGUGGGCAGCUGUUUCACCUCCGAAGACACAACCGAAGACUCAGGAGUGGUGAGCUCCCCAUCAGACAUCGUCUCCCUGGAUUCCCAGCAGGACAGCGUGAAGUCCAAAGAUAAGUGGACCAUGGACCAGGAAGACAGCAGUGACCAAGAUCUGGCUGGGACCCCAGAGCUGGGGCCCCAGAAGAGCCCCCUGUGGGAGAGGAACAGCUCUGGGAGAUGGCGAUCCAGACCUGAGGAAGCUUCACCAGCCUCCAGAGGGGACGAAGACCUUUUUACCACCGGGCAGUUCCAGAAAACCCUGGAGGAACUUGACGAGGACCUGGAAGAACUGGAAGAGGCAGACCAAGGUGGCACCGGCUCAGUGAACGGCAUGUCUCGGUGCUGUUCGUCAGAUGCCACCGUCCCCGAUAGCGAUUCGGACAUAAUCCCAGUCACAUUCAUAGGGGAGGUCCUAGACGAUCCUGUGGAUUUGGGGCUGUUUUCCAAUAGAAAUAACAAUGCCAGUUCUUUUGACCUGGGGAGCCGAGCCAGCCGGGGAGGUCACCUGCUGCAAAAGGAGACAGAGAACGGCCGGCAGCUGGAGACAAGAGCAGCCAUGCCCAACCCGGCAGCUCAUGCCCAUGACUUUGGGAAAGAAAUCAAACCCGCCUCAUCCAGCCCCUGUGAAGACGGGAGCCUGGAUAAAAUGGAGCCCAAGACGACUUCUGUGGACUUUCCCACACACAACCCACAUGCAAAGGAGAAUGGUGAGGGGCUCGGCUCUGCUCUCAGUGGGCAGACACAGGCCAGAAAGAGAGCGAGUUCACAGCCAGCGAAGGAAAAGGAAGGCGAGGCUAAGAACGGUGACUUGGCCCCCCCAUCGUGGUACCAACGGGACCACAACCCAGGCGGAAGUUAUGGGCUGAAAUAUGGCCUCACCACGUACAAAAUCGUCCCCCCGAAAUCGGAGAUGAGGUAUUACGACAGAGGAGUAUCGCUGUCAACAGGUGCCAUUAAGAUCGACGAGCUAGGGAAUCUGGUGAGUCCCCACGCGAACGGAGGCAGGACUGUGGCCCCACCAUCACCCACUCUCGAUGUGGAAACCCAGCCCCUUGGAAAAGUCAAGGAAUUCUGGAGGUCUGGCUCUCUAGGGAAGCCCUCUGGCCAACCCACAGAGUGCUCAACCAACAGGACUCCGGCUCCCACAAUGCCAGCGAAGCCACAGCCUUGGGAAAGCAGACUCGGGGCAGAGCCCACAGUCCCAUACCCCAAGGCGCCAUCACCCCCGCAGCAGUCAGCCCACCGAGAAGAAGGGAGACACGAGGAGGAGGGGAGAAGCCGGCCACCCAUGGUGGCCACUCGUCACGUGAACGUGCCAGCAGCCAAUGCCACAGAGGUCCUCUUCCUCAAGCCCCAGAGGAGAACAUCCAGUCAGUACGUGGCCUCUGCCAUUGCCAAGCGCAUGGGGCCCCAGAAAGCCGGGGCCAAGGAGACCUGUGAAGGCAGAGCACCAGAGCUGGCUGGACGGCCUCCUGCUGGUAGAGACGGCCCAGCCCCCAGCCCGCUCCCAGAGACCCACGUCCAUACUGACGGAUGGGAAGCACCAGCAGUAGGCCAGCCCCAGGGGGCGGUCGCCAGCCCUGAUGGAAAGCUGUCUGCUCAGGACUGUCCAGCCACCAUCCGCAGAAGUCCCUGCAUCCCGCCCAUUGCAGCCGCAUGUCCCGUGUCUAUGGGACAGAUCUGUAGCUUCAGUGGAAAGCAGAGCACAGGCGACCACAGGGCCAGCUCAGCGUUCAUCCCCAAGUGCGCUCCAGACAGCACGGAUCCCCCACCCACCCGCUGGGGAGAUUAUCCGACUCGGGACAGGACCCUGGUAAAUGGCCCCAGAUGGGUCCCCGGCCCCAGCCAGCCUCCUCACUCUCUGAGGGGCUCCGGCACCAGCCGCCACGCAGGGCGGGAGCCCCCAGAACUGGAGGAGAAGCCCGGCCUGUUGUGCGCCGGCGCGCCCGAGGCUAGCAGCGCCCUCCCGCCUAGCAUCUUUGGGCCAAAGAAGAAAUUCCGACCUGUUGUCCAGAGACCAGCACCAAAGGACACCUCCCUGCACAGCGCCUUGAUGGAAGCUAUCCACUCAGCGGGCGGGAAGGACAGGCUUCGCAAGAUUGCAGGGCACUCGUCGGAGGGAGAGCCAAGCAAGCCGUCCUGCAGGGAGGCAGAGGGCGAGCGGUCCGCACUGCUGGCGGCCAUCCGAGGCCACAGCGGUGCCCACAGCCUGCGGAAGGUGUCCUCCUUCGCCUCUGAGGAGCUGCGAAGCUUCCGAGAGGCAGCACUUUCGGAACACGGACCGGAGCCACCGGGGCUGGGCGACCUAGGCGUUCAGCCCCAGCCUGCCCUGCCGCCCCCGCCCCAACCAGCCACCCAGGCUCCCUCCACAGCCAGGACCGUGUCCAGGUCCAGCUCAGGCAACCCAGCCGAGGCCAGGCAGGCCUUAAUGGACGCCAUCCGGUCAGGCACAGGGGCUGCACGACUGAGAAAGGUGCCCUUGCUUGUGUAAAUCCUCGAUGAGAUCACCUCGAGGCAGAAACCCACCUGUGAGCUGUCCACAGUCCCUGCUCGGAACUCCUCGGCACAGGGGGCGUCAGGAUUUGAUGGACUUUCUUGUCUACGGGCCAAACGCACACAGUUGGUUUUCAGUCCUGCAACAUGGUUCCAAGGGAGGGCAAAGCUUCUGCACAGCUUAUGUGCCAAGGAAACGUGUUUGCCUCUGAAUAUUUAAAGUUGCCAAUGAACUAUUCUUGUUGGCAGGUUAAUGGGGAUCCAAAUAUGGGAGCCCAACACUGCACUUCAUUGUGGUGACCUUACACCGAUUCUGGGACCUUGAGAAUUUACCACAUACGUAGACAGUUACGACCAUUUCACUGUUUGAAAUCUUUUGAAUCUUAGGGAAAUAUGGAGAAACCGACUGAAGCAAGCUGAAUGUCAUACACUCUGUGGUGUUUGGGUAAUAAGAAAAGAGCCAGAAGGCUUUUUUCAACAAUGACUAUUGAGUCAUGAAACCGUUGGAUUUUUAUCCUUCGAAACUUGAGGGUUAUAACCUCACAGAGGGUCGCAGACCAUGAUCUGACCAACUAAGCUUUUAAAAAUCAACUGUUAUCACCCAGAAUAAAAUUCUACUUGAUGUGUGGACGGGCAGUUCUGAUUCUCCAAGAAGGCGGUGACCGAGGUCCGGAUGGCAUUGGGGCAGACGGCCGGCGCCCCACAUUGCAGGUGACCCCAGCGGGCUAUGAAGUAGAACGAACCUCCCCCAGGAGGGCUGUGUAUGGAGCCCGGUGACUUCCCUGGGAACCUUCCAAAACCCUGCAUGGGGCCCAGAAUGGGGACAGUGAGUGUCAGAUAAAAAUUGUGCUGGUAUUUCACGGUUUGCGUUCAGUCUGGGUGCUUUCGCCCAACAGAUCAGUGGCACCCCUCUAUCAUACAGAAGGCUUUUUGAAGGACACGGAAUUUCGCCACUGGUAUUUAUAAUGAAGUUUAGACACAGCACUCGUCUCUCACAUCUGUCUGUAUGGCACUCUGUUGCAUCGGAAAGAGCUCUUUAAGACAUGAAUAGAAAUCAAAAGCUCACGAAAUAAAAUCUCAGUCUUCGUCCAACAACAGAAAUGGCGAGACAUUUUAAUGUCUCACAGCAGAUCCAGGCAUCACGUAGAAUGGAAACUUUACCUUGUCCAGUACUGUCGUUCACCUUCCCCAAGGUGCAAGACUGUCAGCCGGUCUCUCUUAAACCAUGCUGUCUCCACUCUGUGUCAUUUAGUGCCACAAAUAAAAGAAAAUGACAUUGUA